AUUUUGACGGAAACAUUUUUUGCAAAACAUAAAUCCAGAUGCGAACCGUUUGCGGAAAUCUGCUGAAAAUGGGCUUCCUUGGCGGUGGGAAAACGGCACAGGCCAUGGCCAAAGGAUUCAUAUCGGCAGGAUUAGUGAAGGGAGAAAACAUCGCAGCCAGUUUCAGUGCGAACGACGAGGCAAACUUGCAAGCAUUCAAAGAACUUGGUGCCGGGACGUAUCUCGAUAAUGUACCGGUGGUGAAGCGAUCCCAAGUGGUGUUCAUUACACUGAAACCAUGGGUGAUACCAACGGUUCUGCAGCAAGUCAACACGUGCAGUAAGGACAAACUGUUCAUUUCCGUUGCGAUGGGCGUCAAGCUAAAGGAAUUGGAAAAGUCAUUGCUGCCAACGGCUCGUAUCAUCCGGGUGAUGCCAAACACGGCGACGUUGGUUCGAUGUGGCGCAUCGGUCUUCGUGCGAGGUAAAGCAGCAACCGAGGAUGAUUGUACGUUGACACAAGUUCUGCUAGAAUCGGUUGGGACCUGCGACGAAGUAACGGAAUCAUUAAUCGACCCCAUCACCGCUCUGUCGGGAAGUGGUCCGGGGUAUGUUUUCACCAUGAUUGAAGCGAUGGCCGACGGGGCCGUUAAGAUGGGACUGUCCCGGGAUUUGGCGUACAAGUUGGCUGCCCAAACGGUUAUGGGAGCCGGAAAGAUGGUUCUGGAAACGGGAGCACAUCCUGCACAGCUGAAAGACGAUGUCGCAAGCCCCGGAGGGUCAACCAUUACUGGGCUUUCGUUUUUGGAAAAGAAUGCAUUUCGCUACAUCGUCAGUGGUGCUAUCGAAGCGGCUACGGAAAGGUGUCGCGAGGUUUCGGGAAAGGAAUAAACCAAUUGAAA